AUGAGUAACAGUUCUAGCUUCGCGUCGCUGUUUUCCUAACUCUCCAUCCAUGUUGCUACUAUCUUCCCGCCCCGCCCGGUAGCAGGGAAUGGACAGUUUUGGGAAUGACCUGCUGUGACCCCUCACCCACCUAACUGAUGGAGGAUAACCACAUCAACACGCAGAGCCAUAGUUGCGACCGGGACAGGCCCGCUCAUCCCGGGAUUUUCCCAACCCGCGAGUCCGGGAAGAGCGCCCACCAGCCGGGGGGACCCAGCGUGGACUUCCCGGUGUCUGUGGUUCUUCCUGCCGGGGGCACAGGAGAGAGAACCGGACUACAGACACCGAAACAGUUCUGCUCGUUUCUGGGUCGGCCCCUCAUAAGCUACACUAUCCAGGCUUUCGAGAGGGUGUCAUGGAUCCGGAGCAUUGUAGUCGUCGUUGCCAAAGAAAACAUGGACCUGAUGACGGACAUCGUCCAGCGUUUCCAGCACAAGAAGGUUCGAGCGGUGCCAGGCGGCUCGACUCGUCACAGGUCGAUAUGUAACGGCGUGCGGGCUCUGGGCGAUGGGGAGGAGGAGAGGCCGAAGGUGGUCGUCAUCCACGAUGCCGUGCGGCCUUUUGUGGAGGAGGACUUACUGUACAAGAUAGCCAUGGCUGCCAAGGAGCAAGGGGCGGCAGGAGCUAUCCGACCUCUGGUUUCCACGGUGAUAGCCACUACAUCAGAGGGCUACCUGGAUCAUUCUCUGGAGCGAGCCAAAUACCGAGCCAGCGAGAUGCCUCAGGGAUUCACAUAUGAUGUCAUCGAUCAAGCUUAUCAGAAGUGCAGUGAAUCAGACUUUGAGUUUGGCACCGAGUGUCUCCAUCUGGCUCUGCAGUACUGUGGCACCAAUGCCAAGCUCAUCCAGGGUCCGCCAACACUGUGGAAGGUAACCUACAAACGGGAUUUGGCGGCUGCAGAGUCCAUUGUUAAAGAGACUCUAUCGCGGUCGGCCUGUCUUAUCACAGGUGGAUCUGAACAAGCUGUCACGCUGGCUGAUGCUCUGCAGAAGGCUGUUGGAGCUCUUGUCGUGGAGCUGGAUGUCAUCCCAGAUCUGAUGGGAGAAAACGCCGGGUAUCUGUUAAAACAGUGGAACUUCAUCCAGGUUUCAGUCAAUCGUUCAUGCUCGUCUGAAGUGGAGGCCUUGCUGAAGGAUUUGGAGUCAGGGAAUCGUGCUCUUCUCCACCCGCUGGUCGUCAUUUGGGUGCAUUUGAGCGGUUCAGAUGAGCUGUCCGUCAGCGGGAGAGGGGUAGAACCGGCAGCUAUUAUGGACCUGGCCUCAGCAGCUAAGCCCCGGAAUAUUCUCCUCUAUGGCAUCCAGCUUGGUCAGACAAAGGACACUGACCGAUGGGAGAGGUCAGUGUUGAGGGUCGCCGAGAUCACGUCCGCCCUGAUCCGGGAGAGGAGCCCCGCCCUGGUGGGACAGCUUCUGCAAGCAUGAAGGGAAGCAGAAACCA